ACCUGCUCGCUCGGAGGGGGGUUGGACAUGAUGAGAGGCGUUUCCAGCGUUAGCGGCGGGUCGCUCACAGGCGUUACUUGCGCUCCCAGCUGUUGGGGUUGAAGCACCGGCCGAGCGCAGUCGAGUCGCUACCUGUGGGCCAGCAGUUGGCGUUGGGCGCAUCAGACACUGUCAGACUCGCCUCGUUUAUUAGAAGAGUGCCCUCGGGAAUGGACUCGGGAUGUCGGGGUUUGGAGAGAGCUGAAUUGAUAGAAACGCUGCGUAACUGAGACCGCGCACCUACAAAGACGAGGGACUGAUGCGCCUUGGCACCGGAGGGAAGCACCAAACUUCAGUGAGGAGCCGAGCACCGGUUUAGACCGCAGACUGUAAGACUGAGCAUGUUUCCCUUGACUAUUUUCGCUAAUGUGAAUGUAUAAUUCCAUUACACUUUUGUUUGUGGAACCCGUCCGUGUUGUGCUCAUUUUGCUCCCCCCCUAACCGUGCCAAUGCUGGAAUGGCUUGUGGCUCUGUGCAUUGUGAUCCUGGUGGUCUUAAUCUGGCCAGGCUCCAAAUAUUUUGGCACAGAGAGCCCACCACAUGUUUUGCUUCAAAGACUGGGGGUUUCACAGCAGGCGGCAAAGGACAAGACCGGGAGGCGCGUCUUAGACCGAAAGGGGAGCGACGGUGCCCAGGCGGCCUGUACGGGCGCCGGGGCCGAUGAGAAAACACGCACCGUGGCUCUAAUCUGCAAGCCAUCCGCGCUUGCCAACUAUCUCCUGAAACACUGCAGGACUUUCAGUAAUUACUCGCCGUGUGUCGGCUGGACGUGGCGGGCCAGCGCCUUUCUCCAGAGUGUGUAUGAGGCGUGCUGGCCGUACGACAGUCCGGUCCAGUUCGUGCGGGACAACCUGCAGCUGAGCGACGACGGGCUGGUGGCCUUGGACUGGGCAGUGCCAUCCUACCAGAAACGACGCAGGACUUCCAGUCACUCCACCAGUCCGGUUCUUCUCAUCAUCCCAAACUCUUUUGGGAAAAUCACUAGAACUGUGUUAAAGUUGUGUGAAACGGCACUGUCCCAUGGCUACCUGCCGGCAGUUUUCAACCGCCGCAGCCACAACAGCACCCCGCUCACCACCCUCAAACUGCAGCAGUUCGGCGACCCCGCGGAUCUGCGCGAGGCUGUGCGCUACAUUCGCUACAGACAGCCUGCGGGAAGACUGUAUGCAGUGAGCGAGAGCAGCGGGUCAGGCCUUCUCCUGUCUUACCUGGGGGAGUGUGGCUCGUCGAGCUACGUGACGGCAGCCGUCUGUCUGUCACCCUUGUUCCGCUGCCAGAGCUGGUUUGAGAACGGGAUGUGCUGGCCCCUGCAGUGGGCGUUGGUGCUGUACCAGAAGAUAUGUCUCAGCAGGUACAUGACAGUGCUGGGCGAGACCAUACAAACGGACACCCUGUUUUCUAGCUGUUCCUUGCGUUGCCUGGAGGAGGCACUGUUUUGUCAGACUGGACAUGCGGGCCCUGCAACGCCAGCAGCAACAGGGAGCAGCAGUAGCAGCAACUCUACAAGUGCCUGGGACGCAUACUGGGAACGCAACGAACCCUUGAGAGACGUGGACGAAGUGGCUAUUCCUGUUCUGAGCGUGUGCGCUCAGGAUGACCCGGUCCGUGGUGACACCCAGUCCACCAUACCCUUGGAACUCUUUGAGACCAACCCACAUUUUUUUCUCCUUCUAACUGACCGUGGAGGUCACUGCGGUUUCUCCACCCAGUCCGAGGGGAGUGCCGCUGGUGCAUCUGGUGCAGUCGGUUCUGCGGUUGCAUCAAACAGUGGGAUGGAGAGCCGGGGGACCAAGUGGAGCUACAGAGCUCUGCUGGAAUUCUUCAGGGCGACCACAGACUUCUUCGCUGCAGAGGAGAGAGCAAAGCAGCUCGCUGCAAGGAGGAGGGGGCUGGGGGGAGGCGCAGGGGGGAGGGUUUUCCGCCACCGCAGCGUCAGUACAUGUAAAAGAGUGCCAGCGUGUUCCCAUAAUAUCCAUGCCAUUUACAAUUGGCAGAGGUCCUACACACGAUGAAGGAAGCUUAAUGGAAGUUAAUGGACUGCACUGAUGCUUUCUGAUAUUGUUUGGAUUCGGAAUUUGAAGCGCUCUAGUUGUUCUCUGCCUGUGUGACACAAAGUCUUAUGAUAACCUAAACUAGCAAAGUGCAGAGGUUGUAAAGAACUGGGGUACAGUUCAUACAGUACAUCUAAAUCAGAGAAAGUGUGUGUUGUUCUCACACGCUUCAUGUGAGCGCUAAAACACCUGGAUUGAAAGAAGACAGGCCACAAGCUUGCAUGCAGUUGUUAUGUUUAGCUGCUGCACAGUUGACACUAAACUCUCAAGAUGGAUGGCUAUGUAUGUUUUUUGUUUUUUUUUAUGGACUGAUUCAAAUCCCUACACUGCCAGCUGUUAAAACUGAACGUUUCUGUCACAGUUUUAUUAACACACACAUGCAUUUAGUUUUUCAUUAAUUCUGCCUCACUUCUUAAAGUUUGCCACAUUUGCAACCACAACUGCGUCGUCAUUUAGGAUGCUUGAAAUCUCGACACUUAGUGUAGCAUCUUACUGUUAUUCUUUUUAUUGCUGAAAGGGAAGUUAUUGGAGAGCAAAAGCGUUUAAAGUCUUGUGCGUAGAGUAGAAGGAAAAAAAUUAAUUUGAGCUAAAUGUCAAAUGAUUUUAAUGGACUCGUGCAGUGUUACUGUACUCAUUAAAGGGAGUUUACUGUGUAUAUUAUCAUUGAAUGUUCUCUUAUUUAUUGGGAACUGGCCUGUGGUUCCCAGAAUAGAGGAACUUAUGUGUGAUUGCAACCCAGUCAGCUUUAAGGGGAAAGUCUGUGUCAUGAGGUUAUGAUAGUUUAAUGAGCUGGGCGUCUGGAAGCAUUUUGUGAGUUUUCCUGUCUCAUCAUUUAAAAUCUGUGCUGCGAGGUUUCCCUAUCCCGGCUGCUCGGGACCUGAAGUGUGGUGAAGCUGGGAGGGUGAGAUGGAGCGUUCGAGACCUGGCGGCAAAAUGUUGUUUGAAACAAGUCCCUGGAAAUUUUGUUAUUUGUAUUCAUUCUAGUGCCUUCAGCUAAGAAAUUCUACAAAUUAUGACACAAAGUAGUAGAUAUUAUGUAUAACACUUCAAAGGGCAGCUCAACAGGUUAAUAAAAAGAGAAAAACCACAAAGCACUGUUUGACGGCCGUCUUUUGUUUUCUGUUGUUUUAUAAACAUGCUAUACACAUGUUACAUGGAUUAUAUUAUGUGAUGGAAAUAAAAAUGAAAAGUAUAAUA